UUUUCAACCAGUUCUUCAGCCAUAUAUUCAGUCUUGUUGUAGACGUUGAGAGCAAGAUGGCCACCAAGGUUAUUCUUGUCAGUGCUGUCCUAGUGGGGCUCGUCAGCCUGAGCUCAUGCAGGAGCCUGGCAGAGUUGUCUGAGCAGAAGACCUACUCAUCUGCUCCCAGCUAUGGUAGCUCCCCAACUCCGAUGUACGGGACAGGAGGUGGGUACAAGCCAACGCCAACACCCGAUUACAGCACAACGCCGACACCAUCUUACGGCUCUACACCAAGUACCCCAAGUACACCUUCCUAUGGAAUCCCUGAAAUUCCAAAGCACGGAUUCACUGGAUCCUGCGACUACUGGAAGAGCCACCCAGACAUGAUCACUGCAGUUGUUGGAUCCCUUGGCAACCUCGGCAAGACUUUUGGUACUGCCUGCAGUUUAAUUGUCGGCAAGAAGCUUGAGAAUCUGCAUGAUGCACUCUCAAACACCAGAACGGAUGGCGUUGGUGCUCUGCUACGUGAGGGAGCAGCUGCAUACCUCAACUCCAUCGUGAACAAGAAGUUUCCUUUUACCACACAGCAGGUGAAGGAUUGCAUCGUUGUGGCCAUUACCUCUGACGGUGCUGCUUCUGCCCAGGCUGGGAUCUUCAAGAAGGCAAAUGAAUACCACUACUAGACAAGGAUGUUUCCUGUCUAAAUUGUUUUCCUGUCUAAAUGAAUACCCUUCAUUUUUCUCCUUCACGAAUUUCCUUUUUUUUUUGGCUUCUUGUGUAAUAUCACCUCUAAGAUACGUUGACGAAUUUCCUGUAAUUUAUUGGUUUGUCAUGUAAUAUUACCAUCCAAUAAUAUAUAUUGAUGAAUU